AUGCAACCACCAAAAAUGUUUAGAAACGUGUCUUCACUUUCGGUAAGCUUCGAAGAUUUAAAACCAACUUCGAGUAAAUCAUCAGCUAGACCUCCAACUAAAUUUUCCACUAUCCCACCUAAUUUCUCGAAUCCUUCAUUUAUUGAUGAUGAUAAAGAGAAUAUAUUACCAAUUAAUGAUUUAAACUCCAUAUUAUCAAUACGUAUGAUGAGAAAACCAAAAUUACCAUUUGAUUUUGAUAGAACUACUUCAUCGUCUACCUCAUGUGAAUUAAAAUUGAAGAAAUUAAUGAUGGAAGAUGAAAAUUAUGAUUUUGUUUUGAAUCCAUGUUGUGAUAAAUUAGAUUGUAAAUUUGUCAAGAAUGCGAUAAUGAAAGAAAGAAAAUUUUCAAAUCAUUUCCAAAGUUGUACUGCAUCAAUUGAAUCUAUUGAUUCUGAAUUAGAACAAGAACAGGAACCAAUUUACCCAAAUGAAAGUUUAGUAUUUGCACCAAUGAGAACAAAAUCUAUUGAAAGAAUGAUCGCCCCGAUGAAUGUGAAAAAUCAAUUACCAGCUGAUAAAUCUGAUAAAUGUAUUGACUAA